AUGCUCCUCCACAAAUCCCUCGCCCUUCUCGCUUCCUUGGCCGCCACAACCACCAACGCCCUGUACUUCCACCUCACCGACUUCCGUGCCAGCGACGUCCGCAUCCCCUCCGAAUCCCACGCCCUAGCCUUCACAAUCUCCAACCCCGACGCCGUCUUCGAACAAGGCGGCAACAACCCUGCAAACUGCACCAUAAGCUGGACAACCACCCCACCAACCUGCUGGACCCCCUGCGCCACCACCGACAGCGGCUGGGGCUACUACGCCCUCCUCACCUCUUACUCAGGCGCCUACAACUUCACGCUCCAAAUCCAGGAAUACUUCGCCUACCGCAACAGCGUGCUCAACAACGUCUCCAUCCCCGUCGUGGAGGGGAGCGGUGAAUGGGACUGUUCGAGGGGCGGGCAGAGCACGCAGUGUAAUUUUCGGAAUGCGGAGUCGAGUUAUGAUACGGGGUUUGAGACGUACUAUGGGGUGCAGAAGGCGGGGCCGAUUUGUGUGGUUUAG